AUGCUGGCAGACCCGACCUUGAUCCAGCCAUUCCCAGAGGCCCUCCAGUACGGAGGCUCUCCCUUCCCGGACUUCUCUACUCCCUCGCUGCAAUUUCAGACUUUUGUGGAGCAGCCGCCGUCUCCCGCCCCGUCCAACACCUCUUCCCACACCAACAUGGCCGACUCGAGGCGCUUCAAGCGCUCCAGCAGCCAGUCGCCCUACCUCCACCAGCAGUCCUACCAACCCUACCCGUCCUACAACAACGCCCGGCGCCCAUCCGUGGUAUCCGUCCAGUCCCGCCAGUCCCAGGGAAGCGGUCGUAGCAACAGCUUCGAGCUGGACGAGGAGUCGCGGGAGAAGGGCUUGUGCCCCAUCGAGGGGUGCGGCCGUGUGUUCAAGGACCUCAAGGCUCACAUGCUCACCCACCAGAGUGAGCGUCCUGAGAAGUGUCCGAUCACCACCUGCGAGUACCACCUCAAGGGCUUCGCCAGAAAGUACGACAAGAACAGGCACACCCUGACCCACUACAAGGGCACGAUGGUGUGCGGCUUCUGCCCCGGUUCCGGCUCUGCGGCCGAGAAGUCGUUCAACCGCGCCGAUGUCUUCAAGCGGCACCUCACUUCGGUGCACGGCGUCGAGCAGACACCACCCAACAGUCGCAAGAAGAGCCCGGCGACCAAGAAGGCCUACACUGGCACCAGCACUGCAGGCACUUGCUCGACCUGCUCGGUCACCUUCGCAAACGCGCAGGACUUCUACGAGCAUCUCGACGACUGCGUGCUGCGCGUCGUGCAGCAGGCCGAGCCCUCCGAGGCCAUCAACCAGAAGCUGCUCACCAGCGUGGCUGACGAUGAGGAUGUCAAGGAGACGAUGGACAAGCACCAUCUGCCCAAUGACAUGCCCGAGUACACGGGCAACUACGACGAGGAGGAAGAGGAGGAGGACUACGACAACGACGACGCCAACGACGACACUUCGCGCAAGAAGCGCAAGAACUACCCCGUCUCCUGGGGCUGCCCUGUGGAGCGCAUGAAGAUGAAGAAGCGGGUCCUCUGUGUGUACGACGGGCCGCGCCGGCUGUGGAAGGAUGACAUGAUGCUCGACCAGGAAUUCGAGGUCCGCAUGAAGCUGCCUGGCGGUGACGGCAAGCAGUGGGUGACGGACCUCGACGUGCAGACGCUGAAGCGCGCCGAGGCUCUACACGCCAUGCCCGAGGAAGACAAGGGCGAGUCCAAAUGGGACAAUGUCAUCGGGGGCGCAGCCAUGUCCUUCGAUGCCACUGAGCUCGCGAUAUGA